AUGUUUCUUUCGUUUCGUGGGAGCAGGACCCCAGUAUGGGUAGACCAAAACUGGACCCCCUUGCCGCCAUUGCAUUGUCAUUUGCUUGCUCGCUCGCUGGCCCAGACUCCAGCAAGCCUAAGAUCGACCAUAUCAGGACAAAACUACUACUACCAUAUAAGAUUCGUCUUCAAGUCGGGCCACCUCGAGACCAAAACCUCGACAGCCCGUCCUCCCUCAAAGCGCCAUUUCAAUAACAGCAUACCUUGCCUCAAGAACAACCUUGCACCGCCGCACUUGCGACUCUACCUGACGACCACCACCACCAACAGUCAAACACAACAUUUCUCUACAUCAUCUUCACCGGUCGUCAUCUGCUUGGUCGCCGAUAUCAUCAACGUCAACAACAUCAGACUGUCGUCGUCGCCGUCGUUUGCCCAGCUACUUGUCCCAUUCGACAGCUGGCCGCCACUUGAUCGGAUCUGCACGUAUCCAUUGUCUCUAUACGCAUCGACUUGAAUCGUCCUUGUUCCCAUCACUUUACUUGCCACUGUUGUUCCGCCUAGGCCUAGCAGAAACAACUCCGGCCAUUGUUCGUCCCCCAACCCUUUUCACUUUCCAACUUCUUACAUAGACGCUUUAGCAAAGCGUCACUUGCCCAUCGUGUCGGCCCACAUCAUCACUCCUGUAAUGGAGCCAAACUGGGGGCUCUACAACAACUAUUAUAGCAGCGGCGGAGGCGAACGACCACCCCCGCCAGUCUCACCACACCUCGACCGCUCAGACGACCAACCUCCUCACCGUCGAAGCAUGAACCAAGGCGUCUUCCUCCCACCCCCGCCCCCGCAGCAGGGCCAGUCGGGGCUUCUGCCCCCCGUGUCGGCCUCGUACGGAUCGAGCUACCAUGGAUCGUCCCCGUCCGGUGUUGGCCUCAGCCAGAGCGGUGCUGGCACAGGUAACAGCUCGGCGCCCAUGCACAUGACGCCGCCUAGCAUGGGCUACUCGAGCCAUGUGCCCAUGUCAAGUCAGCUUGGCCCUUACCACUACCCAGUGCAGAACAGCCCCGCCACCAUGUCGGCUUUGCCUCCUGGUCGCCAGACCCAGCCCCAUGGUUACUCUCCCCGCAUCGCCGGCGGAUACCCAACGGCCUCGCCCGGCAUGAGCACGCUCUCUCCAUUGUCGCCGUCCAACCACAUGGCCUACCAGGUCUCGAGCGGUUCGACGUCGGCUUCCAGCUUCCCGCCUAGUGUGCCCCCUCCUCACACCAAGGUCGAGCUUCCCUCGAUGCAGGAGUCGAAGAAGCGCCGCACUAACAGCGGUUCGACAACGUCGUGGGAUGACAUGGGCCACAAGGACGACGAGGAGCAGCCGUGGGGAAUGCCCCAGGAUCAGUACAAGGCGCUCAACCCCCGCGACAAGAAGCAGGUUCGCAACCGCAUUGGCGCACGGCGUUUCCGCGCCAAGCGGAAGGACUACGUUUCCGCUUUGGAGUACAGCAAAAAGGAGGCGGAUGCGAAGAUUGUGCAGCUCGAGGGGCAACUCGAGUCAUCUCGACGCGAGAUCAAUGAUCUACGCGCCCGACUCAACAUGGCGCCCCUUCCACCGCCCGUGGACGGCUCUCUCGGACUCGUCGUCGGCAGCGGCGAGUAAGAGUACUUGGCACCGACGAUAAGUGUCGGUGACCAACCGAUUCUGCGCUCGGACUCGGGUGAAGACGACUUUUCGGCGACCGAGAGGAGGAGAACGACGGGCGACAAUGUAUGCUGGACGUACAUCAAGCCGACCAUCAAACGUGCGACGCUGGCACCCUUUCGGGGUCAGCGUUUGCGCUUUAUUAAGUAUACACAACACUACGCUGCAACACGGCGAUCAUCAAGAAUGCUACGCACCAGAGUAACGGUUCAUUAAACGUCGCUUGCGACGUGCGGUGGCGCAUUUGCGACUCUUGCACCGACGACGAUCAGCACGACGUUGGAAGCGUCGACGACGAGGGAUCGCACCCCCUAAUACACACACGCAAUACUCUCAACACACCAUGACACACAAGUAAUCCACCACUGCCAUCAUCCUCUCUCUACCACGCGACCAACAACCGCCAACUCUGCGUGGCCUCUGCGACAGCCUAUUGCUAGCCCCUGACUCGUACGCUGUAUCGACAGAUCUCUUAAUUAUACUACCCGUUCACGAACCUAUACCGCCCCUUAUGCAAUACCUAUGCGCGCAGGGCGCGUAGUUGUGAUGACGAUACGAGUAUGCAUCGG